UCCAGAUUCGCAUCUCCAGUGUAAGACGAGAGUGGUAGGCAAAAUAUUGAUGAAGUAGAUGGAUGUCCAAUAGGUGUAGGAAUAUCUCGUUUGAACUGGGCAACUGGAUUAAAUUCAAGAUCUUAUGCUGAUCGAGAUAAAUUCAUAAGAGUGUACGUUUGAUGUUGUUCUUACACAAGGGAUCUAUUCUGUAAGAGAUGGCUAUUAACACGGACGCCCCUCACGCGACAGAUGCCCUGGGCGAGAGAGCCGCGCUGCAGUCCACCGAUUUUGGAGAUACUCAGAAACUUCUUGACAUCUCAGACAAAGAGCUGAAAAGAGAAUUAAACCACUCGAAUUCUGAUACACACCUCGCGAAGUCUCUCGAAGCGGAACAGAAUGAACAGACUGUGGUUAACGUUGCCACGGAGCCCGGUUCUCCGUCGCGGGUCAGCCCCGCGUCGUCGCCCACGCCCGCGGACCGCGAGCCCUGCAGCUUCAUGUGGGUGGCCGUGAUCUCCUGCUUCUGCCCCGCCGUUCCGAUAAACCUGUUUGCGCUUUAUUUCGCGCAUAUGGCUCGGUCCAUGAUACAAGCAAAAGAUUAUGAUGGAGCCAGAAGACUUGGGCGUUUAGCUUUGUUGCUUAGUAUCGUUUCCAUUGUUGUGGGUCUGGCUAUAAUCCUUUAUCUGUUGAUGACAGAGACAUAAUUGUGAGCAUUGAUGUAAACGGGUAUUGGAACUAUAACCAAAGAAGAUGGAUGAUGAAUGCCAUGUGAAAUCCUUCAAAGAAAAAAGCUUAAAUAUCAAUUUAUAUUAUAUACAGUGUUAAACUAAAGUUUUUUUUUUUUGACAAGGACACAUGUUCACUGAAAAAAAAUGUUUCUAACCUAUCUUGAUGGCUUCCAGCCAUUUCUGUUGCUGUUUUGGAAAUUUUGCUUUAUCCAACAAUGCAUUAGCACCAAACUAAUUUUGCACUAAAUCUUAAAUGAAUUUUAGUCUUUUUAAAAUUAUGAUCUACAUGAAAUAUUACAAUCAGCUGAUCAAUUCUUUCUUUAAAAGAAUUAUACUAUGCUAAUGUAUGUUGCAAUAACAAGAAUGUGAUUUUUGUUCUGAGAAUGAGAAUCUGUUAUUAUUUUUCUUUUCUUUUACGACUUAUUAAACUUUUCAAUACACUGUUUGCUGGUACAUUGGAGCUGGUGCAUACAAAAUAAUAUAGUUGGUUUAAUUUUAAUUAAAUAUUAUUAAUUAAUAUUUGUAAUAUAUGUUUUGUGUAAUCUGUCAUAGCUCAAAGGCUUAAUUUACCCCAAAAUUAAAAUUCUGUCUUUAUUUAUUCACCGUCAUUUCAUUCCAAACCUGUAUGACUUUCUUUCUUCUGUAGAACACAAAAGAAGAUAUUUUGAAAAAUGUCAAAUGGGUUCAAAUAUCUUCUUUUGUGUCCCACAGAAGAAAAAAAAUCACAGGUUUGGAAUUGAGCAAAUGAUAACCAAAUUUACAUUUAUUUGGGUAAAACUUAUUUUUUACAUUUCUUUUUAGAAAAGUAUUUUUAUUCCUUGUCAUUUUGAUUCAUAGCCUUCUGGAAGUGUGGAGCAGGAUCAUAAGGAAGCAAGGUGGAGGAAUGCAGUGUGAGAUGGGCCACAUCCUGGGUGUAGCAAAACAAACAUUUUUGAACUUGUAAGAGAUGAACAAGGGCUAUAUUCAACCAAAAGCACAUGCAUGUCUAAAAUGAAAACUACAAGAUUAUAUUUGAAUUGUGCGAAUCUGUCUUUUGCUAAUACGGUGCCAUAUUUUUGCAUGUAAAAAAAUUAAACUAA